GUAAGUAUGCACGAUGUAUGUGCAUAAUAUGCAGAUUGAUGUGUUGACGCGAGCUGACUACGGCUUUCCAUUGCCGUGGUUAACAGCGGCGUCUUGGCCUGUGAAGGGCUCCGUACGACACACCGCAUCGGGGCGGGAGUGAGCGACUUUUGCUUCUCUUCCUUCCCCCCCUCCCUUUGAGAGAACUUGAACGUUUUCUUUCGGGUACGGCCUCGCGGAGGAGGAUGCAGGUGGCGUGCUGAGCGUCGCGAGAGAGCGGAGCAGAAUGAGCAGAGACACCCCCCUGGUGAAGCGGCUGUCCAGCCCCUGUUUAGUCAGCGACAUGCCGCGGCGGUUCCCCAGGAUCACGCUCAGCGACGUGGACGAGGAGGUCCGCCUGCUGGCCGAGAAGGUGUACGCGUCGGCGCUGAAGGACGAAGAGAACAAGGACGCGCUCUCCAUGUACACUGUGCCUGAGGACUGCCCCAUCGGCCUGCGGCAGGCCAAGGACAGGGAGCUGCUCCGUGAGCUCGCGGAGCAGCAGUCGGAAGAGAGCGCCAAAAGGAAGAAGAGUUUUAAGAUGAUCCGGUCCCAGUCCAUGUCCUUACAGAUCUCCGUGGGCGUGGACUGGGCUCGGCCCAUGGUCGCGCCUCUCCUGCCCUCUCCGUCCGCUGCCACCACCGUCCCGGACAACUUCCCAGAGUAUCAGAGAGUCACCAUCAGUGGAGACUACUGUGCAGGGAUCACAGUCGAGGACUACGAGCAAGCAGCCAAAAGUCUGCUGAAAGCUUUAUUUAUCCGGGAGAAAUACUCCAGGCUGGCCUACCACCGCUUCCCCCGGACCACGGCCCAGUUCCUGCGCAGUGCCGAGAACACAAAAUGGAGAGAGGAAGAUGACGUCCUGCCAGACAUCUGUCCAUGCCCUCCAGAGGGGGAGGACCCCUACAGCAUGGAGAAUAUCCCUGAGGACCUAGGCUACGAGCUGAAAAUGAGGGACGGGAUUAUAUACGUGUAUGACAACAGCGAAGCCCUCCGCAUAAACCAACCCUGCUGCCUCCCUUAUCCAGACCUGGAGACGUUCGCCAUCGAUCUGAGUCACGUGUUGGCCAUGAUUGCUGAUGGUCCUACAAAGACGUACUGCCACAGACGGCUUAAGUUCCUUGCGUCGAAGUUCUACCUGCAUGAGAUGCUCAAUGAAAUGGCUGAGCUUAAAGAACUCAAGGGUGUUCCCCAUCGAGACUUCUACAAUGUCAGGAAGGUGGACACUCACAUCCAUGCUGCAGCCUGCAUGAACCAGAAACAUCUCCUCACCUUUAUCCAGAGCACCUAUAAGACAGACGCGGAGCGUGUGGUGCUGGAGAAGGCUGGACAGAAACUCACCCUCAAACAGGUCUUCAAUAACCUGAACAUGGACCCCUACCAUCUCACAGUGGACUCGCUAGAUGUCCAUGCUGGCAGGCAAACGUUUCACCGCUUUGACAAGUUCAACUCCAAAUACAAUCCUGUGGGAGCGAGCGAGUUACGAGAAAUCUACCUGAAAACUGACAACCACAUUAAGGGAGAAUACUUUGCCAGGUUGAUCAAGGAAGUUGCUUAUGACUUGAAGGAGAGUAAAUACCAGUAUGCUGAGCCCCGCCUUUCCAUCUAUGGCCGUGCCCCUGAGGAGUGGGAGAGCCUUUCCCAUUGGUUCAUUCAGCAUAAAGUACACUCCCCCAACUUGCGCUGGGUUAUCCAGGUACCUAGAAUAUAUGACAUUUUUAAGUCACGGAAGCUGGUUCCCAACUUUGCCAAGAUGCUGGAAAACAUCUUCCUCCCCCUGUUUGAGGCCACAGUGAAUCCACAGAAGCACAAACACCUUCACGUGUUUCUUAAAUAUGUGACGGGCUUUGACAGCGUGGAUGACGAGUCCAAGCACAGCGAUCACAUGUUCUCCUAUAAGAGCCCCAAGCCUGAGUGCUGGAACACAGACGACAACCCCCCCUACAGUUACUACCUCUUCCACAUGUACGCCAACAUCAUGGUGCUCAACAACCUCAGGAAGGAGCGGGGUCUGAGCACCUUUCAGUUCCGCCCACACUGCGGCGAGGCUGGCUCCAUCACCCACCUGGUGUCGGCCUUCCUCACUGCAGACAACAUCUCCCACGGACUGAACCUGAAGAAGAGUCCUGUGCUGCAGUACCUGUAUUACCUAGCCCAAGUACCUAUUGCCAUGUCGCCUCUUAGCAACAACAGCCUGUUCCUGGAGUACUCCAAGAACCCACUGCGAGAGUUCCUACACAAAGGCCUGUGUGUGUCCCUCUCUACUGAUGACCCCAUGCAGUUCCACUACACCAAGGAAGCGCUGAUGGAAGAGUACGCCAUUGCCGCCCAGCUGUGGAAGCUGAGCACAUGCGAUUUGUGCGAGAUUGCCAGGAACAGUGUCCUGCAGAGUGGCCUGUCCCAUCAGGAGAAAAAGCGCUUCCUCGGGGCCAGCUACCUCAAAGACGGGCCUGACGGCAACGACAUCCGCCGGACCAACGUGGCGCAGAUCCGCAUGGCCUACCGGCAUGAGACGCUGUGCAACGAGCUCAGCUUCCUGGUGGAUGCAGUAAAGUCGGAGGCCGUGGGCUCCCGGAGGCAAUGACGGUGGCGUGCCUGCUCCGGCUGGGCCGGCUGCCUCUAAGCCCGCGUGCACGCUCCUGCAUGCUUCUUUUUAUAUGACAUCGCUUGCAUUGGACUCACCACGGUACUGUUAUUACUUGACGUUGCCACUCAGGUUGGUGAUGGGAAAUGAAACGGGGGGGGUGGGAGGUGAGGGGGGACGAUUUAGAGAACCUAAACCUGUGCCGUGCCCAACAAGAUCUUCCAUGUCAAAGAAGGUAGCGACUGUGUACCUUUUUGCCUAUGCAUUGAGCCUCAGGUGGGGGGG